UUGUUCUUAGGUGGUGUUUGGUCACUGCGUAACCUCUCCAUCACCGUUCCCCGAGCUGUUUUAUCGGGAGAAGGUCAAUCAGCGUUGCUUCGUUGCUCUUACGACCUGGAAGGUGCCGCCCUUUACUCUAUCCGGUGGUAUCGAGAUGAGUACGAGUUUUAUCGGUACGUGCCGCGAGAGUUACCGCCAACCAUGGUAUUCCCUUUACCAGGAGCUACGGUGGAUUUAACAAGAUCGGAUGAUCACCAAGUCUUCAUCGUGAAUUUGAACCGCAGACUUAGCGGAGUCUAUCUCUGUGAGGUAUCUGCAGACGCUCCGCUGUUCCACACAGACAUACGUUCAGCGCCACUUACAGUUGUUGAUAUGCCAUUCCACGCACCACGUCUGACGAUCUCUCGUAGAAUUUACGAAAGAAACGACGUACUUCAUGCAAACUGUUCAGUAGACGAAGCCUAUCCAGCACCAAAUAUCACUUGGGUACUUGACAAUCAAAAGGUCAGUAAAUUUGUUAAACACAAGUGGGAUUUUACUGUAGUUUUCGACACCAGUUUGCUUACCAUUAAGACCGUAGUUAUUGAAUAUUCAAGUUCUUUACCUUUUCACAGAUAG